CAGGCUUUCAGGGUUCUUCACACUGUAGCACCUACCUUUGGCUUUAAUUCUCCAUAAAUGUCCUACACAAAACUCUACAGCAGACAGUGAUACUUCCCCUGGGAUUCUUGAUAGAGACUGCUUCCAGAAUAAGGACUAAUGGAGCCAGAAACCUUAGAAAUAUGUCCUUAUGACCCAAACCACAGAAUGCCAGCCAGCAGGUUACAGUACCACCUGGCAUCAUGCAGGAAGAAAAAUCCGAAAAUAGCUAAAAAGAUGGCUAACUGCAAAUAUAACGCUUGUCAUGUGGUCCCAAUCAAAAGGCUCAAGGAGCACGAGGCUAACUGUGUCAACAGAACUUCUGUGGAUGAUGAACCAUUUAAUCUUCCAAAGUUUACUUGCUCUAGUUUGGAAUCAAAUGAGGAACUUCCUAAUACUACAAAUCAAAUUCCUGACCCCGAUGUCUGGAAUGUAGAUACCAUGCAUCAUUUUCCAUCAUUUGUCCUUAAGGAUUUUGCUCCAAAGAUGCUGGUUUGUGAAAGUGACUCAAAAGACCUAAAAGCUAUGACUAAUAAGCAACCUAACAACUAUAAGUCCUGGAGAAAAGAUAAGAAAAACUGAUGGAGAAGUUAUGGAUCAAAAAGCCAAUAGGAAUU